AGUCAUCAUCUACUGAUCUCAUGCAGGAGAAAUCUUUCUUCUGUCGCAUCAGCGGUGGUAAAGAGAAGGAAGGAGAUCUCCAGUACUAUCCCUUCAGGAUGACUCCGUAUCUGAUGAAGGUCCAGGACGCUGAGCUCUCUGAGGAACAUUUCUGUUGUCUCAUACUAGCGGAGAGAGUUCACUCUGGAUAUGAAGCACCAAGAAUACCACCUGAUAAGAGGAUCUUCACCACAACACAUACACCCAACUGUGUCUUUCAGGAUGUCGAUGAGAGGGCAGUGCCUCUGUUAGGAUACCUGCCCCAGGACCUGAUUGGGACACCUUUUCUGCUACACCUCCACCCCAGUGACAGACCUCUCAUGUUGGCAGUGCACCGGAAAAUUCUGCAGUAUGUUGUUCAGCCAUUCGAUCACUCCUCCAUCCGAUUCUGUGUGAGGAAUGGUGAAUACAUCACUUUAGAUAGCAGCUGGUGUAGCUUCGUGAACCCCUGGAGCCGCAAAGUGUCCUUUGUUAUGGGAUGGCACAAAGUCUGCAUGGGGCCGAUGAACGAGGAUGUGUUUUCAGCACCUGCAUUCACAGAUGACAAGAUCAUGGAUUCAGAUAUACAUGAGAUCACUGAAAAGAUUCACAGACUACUUCUACAGCCGGUCCACAGCGUGGGCUCCAGUGGUUAUGGUAGUCACGGCAGCAAUGGUUCCCAUGAGCACCUGCUUAGCAUUGCGUCCUCUAGUGACAGUAAUGGAAAUAGCAACGGUGCUAACAGUGGAAACAGGAGUAUUGAAAAUGCCGGAAAAGAGGAAGAGAUGAAGAUCAAACCGAGGUCAUUUCAGGAGAUUUGUAAAGGGGUUCAUCUGAUGAAAGCACAGGACCAGCAGGACUCUAAAGCAGAACAGAAAAAGACCUCAGACAGAGGGUUCAAGUGUUCUGUUGUAAAGCAGAAAGACUCAGCACUCAGAGAUGGACCCGCUGCAAUGGAGGAACUACAGGACCGCUCGGUGUACUCAUACCAGCAGAUAAGCUGCCUGGACAGCGUCAUCAGAUAUUUGGAGAGCUGUAACGUCCCAAAUACAGUGAAGCGGAAGUACCAGUUCUCCUCAAACAGCACCUCCUCAAACUCAGACGAGGACAGGAAUGCCUCCGAGGCCAGUCUGCAGCAAACCGAGGGUCCACAAAUUAUGGAGAUGCCAUCCUCUAUGUCUAUGAAGACAAAUGACAAGCCUAAAUCAGGUCCCGCCCCAGUUGUGGGAGGGCCUUUAUCACCGUUGGACCUGCCCACCAAAGCGGACAGUGUCGUGUCUCAAUGUUCCUACAGCAGCACAAUUGUGCAUGUGGGGGACAAGAAAACCCGACCAGGAUCAGAGAUCAUUGAAGAUGCGGCAGAAAGCCCUGCCCUCCCCGCACCUGUCAGCGUGGUUUCCCCGCCCACAGUGGAGCAGGAGGCCUAUAGGAAACUGGGCCUCACAAAGCAAAUGCUGACAGCACAUACGCAGAAAGAAGAGCAGGCGUUCCUCAGCCGCUGCAGGGAGCUCCGUCACACUCAGUCUGUCUGGAGAGAUUGUCCACCGAGCAUGCAGAGAAACAGAGCACAAGGAGCUCGUGGGUCCAAAGCGGUACCUGGUGCGCCUGGUACAGAGCCCAUCACCAAGAAGAGCUGGCGCACCAAAAAGUCAAAGAAGGCACGCACGAAACAUCCUGACUCGUUGGAUAACGCUGCAUCUCAGCACAGACCUCUCCCACCCCUGCAGGGUUUGAACCAAACAUCCUGGUCCCCCUCAGAGACCUCACAGUCUGGACUCUCAGUCCCCUUUCCCACCGUGGUUCCAGGGUAUCCCUUGUAUCCCAUAGUCCCAUCCGCCGCCCUGCCUCAAGCUCCAACGGGAAUAACCGAGUCCCAGGGCGCUCAGGCCACGCCCACUGCACCUGCCUACCUUCCUCCAUUGGUCACGCCAGUUGUGGCAUUCGUUGUGCCCAGUUUUGUGCUGCCACAGAUAGGUACAGCACCUCGCUCUCCAUUCUAUGCUGACAGUGCUGUCUUUCGACCUCAGCAGGCCUAUAAUACCCAGAAUCCCUUUCAGCCCCAGCAGGCCUACAAUACACAGCAGUCGUUGCAACCGCAACCAGUCUACUCCACCCAACAAAUAUUGCAACCCCAGCCAGCCUAUUCCACCCCGCAGCACAUCCAAAAUCCUCAAGAGUGUAGCGAACAUCAGCCCAACACUGGCUUCGCUCCACAGCACCCGUUUACACCACAAACACCUUUCCUGUACGGAAUGACAUCGGGCCCCAAACCGCCCGUUGCAGAGUCUGCAGAGUGCCCGUCCCCUCAGUCUCCCCCGCUGUUCGAGUCCCGCUGUAGUUCUCCGUUGCAGCUGGACCUGCUUCAGAUGGAAGAAAAGCAGGACUGUCACAGCACAGCGCCCUCAUCCUCCGCUCAGGGGAACUGCAGAUCGGCAGCGGAAAAAAAUAACACAUCGGUCAGUAGCACCACUGCUGCACCGGAUGACUUACAGCAGGCGUGUUGCUCAGGUGACCACUCGUCAUCCAGCAGCGUGCUGGAACUGUUGUUGCAGGAAGACUCUCAUUCCGGCACUGGCUCGGCCACAUCAGCAUCUACGGGAUUCACAUCCAAUGACUGCAACAUGUCCAACAGUGGCACAGGAAGCAACGCAAGCAAGUAUUUUGGCAGCGCGGACUCCUCAGAGAACAAUCAGAAGAGCGACGAGACACAGAAGGACCACGAGGAGAAUUUGGCUAAAUAUGUUCUUCAAGAGCCUGUAUGGAGGCUUAUGAAUGAGGCUGAUGACUGUGUCAUGAUGACAUAUCAGGUGCCGUCAAGCAGGGACAUGGAAAAGGUUCUGGGAGAAGAUCGAGAGCAUCUAAGGCGUAUGCAAAAGAAUCAGCCGCGUUUCUCUUCAGAACAGCGUAGAGAACUGAUCGAUCAACACCCCUGGAUGAGGAGAGGAGGAUUACCCAAUGCCAUCAACAUCAAGGACUGCAUGUACUGUGAGGAUGAUGCCUCUGCACCGCUAGAAGAGGACCUGUCUGACAUGGAGUUGAGCAUUUUGGGAGAAAUGGGACACAAGAGAGCAGGGUCUCCAUCACAGGAGGAGACAGAACAGCCCAGUGGAUAAACUAUGUGAUGACAAUCUAUUAACGUUGUCCUGUAUUAGCCAGCAGAGGGCUGACGAAUGUGUACGCACACACAUACAGAGUACAUGGUCUUUUUUUAUUUGGGCUUAGGUGUGCACAAAUAUCCUUUGUUACUUGCUAAUGAUGAUAAAAGUGUUUAUGUGUGUAUGUGUAAAAAUGCAACAGGUAGCUGGCUGAUUGCCCAAAGAUGUUCAGAUUUACAGGCUCUGAUUGGUCGAAACUGCUGACCGUCUGACCACACUCUAAAUCUUUAAUAUGUAGCUCCACAUGCAUUUGUCUCUUUGGAAUGAUCUCUGUGUUUACAUCAGAAGUUUGUUUGUGUUAAUGUAACGUUACUUUCAGUACGGUGUGGAGAAUUUGGCGUAGUAGAAAAAACGUAAUGCAAAUCCAAAACCAGGUAAAGAAACCACUGUACUGUGAGUUUGGGGACCAUUUGAGGCGAAUGAUGCACUGCCAACAAUGACCGGUCCAUUCUUGUCUUCUUGCCAGGACAUGCACAGGGUAUAUUUGUUUGGAGGUUUUCUGGGACGUGGAAUCAUGGGAAUGAAUGUUUUUAAGAUUCAUCUUUUGUCUCUAGGUUAUUCAGCUGUUUUAAUCAUCUUUCAGUGAUGUCAUUGGUAUGUGUGCUCUGAACAUUUUGGAACCGGCCCUCUGUUUCAGAAUCCUCAAACCAAAGUACAGAUCUUUUGGCAGUCUGCCUCAUGUCAUUUUUGUCACAAAUUUUUUAACAGUGUUACCGAAAGUCCCAAGGCUGCAACGCGCAAAUGGAUAAAAUGUGUUUGCACUUUUUAACAGCAGGUCCACAAGGUGGCAACAAUUUCACGCCAAGCAGACUUUGAAAAGCUUGAGGACCUGAGCAUGUUUGGGAUGAAUGACAGUAUGACAUUGAAGAGAAGCCAUAUAAGGGGAUCAUAAGGUUCGAUCAUUCAGAUCAGUUUAUUCACAUUGAGAUAUCUUCAUUUUCUUUUAUUUCUUUAAGCUUAUCUUGAUAUUCUUCAUGGUCAUGUCACUCUUAUUCAGAUUUGUUUACAUUUUCUUUUUAUAUAUAUAUAUUUAAAUGUAGGAAACAAACUUGUUACACAUUAUUCCUACCUUAUAAUAAAAAGAGAUUUAUCCAGUUCCAAA